AUGAUUGUGGAAGUCCAUGAACUUGACAAAAUAAACGGCAGAAAUGAUCAUGCUCCAGCUGUGCAACUGAAGAAAACUAUUGGAUUAGCAAGCAGUGUAACAAUCAUAGUCGGUUCCAUGAUUGGAUCUGGAAUAUUUGUCAGUCCAACUGGAAUACUAGAAAAUGUUCAAAGUAUCGGAGCAAGUCUUAUCAUAUGGGUCGCUUGCGGCAUUUUUAGUAUGUUAGGAGCAUACUGUUAUGCUGAGUUAGGCACAAUGAUUCAUCGUUCUGGUGGAGAUUAUAUAUAUGUUUAUGAGGCAUUUGGUCCAUUUCUUGGGUUUCUUCGAUUGUGGUCGGAAGUAGUUGUAGCCAGACCUGCAUCUGUUGCGAUAUUGGCAAUGACAUUUGCGAAAUAUAUCGCUCAGCCGAUUUUCCCAACCUGUGAUCAACCUGAAAUUGCAGUACGUCUUUUAGCCACAAUUUGCAUUGUCCUAUUGAGUUUUGUCAAUGCCUUCUCUGUACGCCUGUCUACUUUCGUUCAAGAUAUAUUCACCUAUGCAAAACUUGCUGCCUUAGUCAUGAUCAUUAUUACUGGACUCGUGCAAAUAGGUUUUGGUCAUGUUGAGGGACUUUCUGGAGCAUUCGAUAAUUCUGACUGGAGUCCAGGAUCAGUGACAAAAGCUUUCUAUGUUGGACUGUUCGCUUACUCUGGAUGGAACUAUUUGAAUUGUAUGAUUGAAGAAAUGAAUAACCCUCGUCGUGAUUUACCAUUGGCUAUAAUUAUUUCUUGUCUACUUGUAACAUUUAUUUACACAAUGGCAAAUGUUGCUUAUGUUACUGUGGUGUCACCUCAUGAAAUACUUACUACACCAGCUGUCGCUAUUACCUUCGCUGUGCGAAUUUAUGGUGUCAUGUGGUGGAUUAUGCCUGUAUUUGUCGCCCUAUCUACAUUUGGUGGAGUCAAUGGAACUGUAAUGACUACAUCAAGAAUGUUUUUUGCUGCAAGUCAAGUGAAUCAAAUGCCGAAAUUUUUAUGCUUUUUGCAUGUGGAUAGAAUGACACCUAUAACAGCUGUUAUAUUCACGGUGUAUGAGUAAAACUUGCAUUUUCGAUUGUACUAUCAACCAUAACCAAACAUACAAAUAUGCAAUUAAUAAUUGGCAGUUCUUAAAAUUCUGCGCAGUUAACCUACAUUCUAAUAGACAAUAGUCAUUGCAGAGAUGUAAGUCAAUAACGAACGGGAAAGGUCAAAAACUUCAAUAACACUUUUAAAAGUUUAUUUACAUGACGAAAAGCUAAGCCGACAUGUAUAUAGUUCACUUAUAAUUACAUGAGUAUUGCACUUUUAGACAAUGCUUUUUCCUCACGGUUAGAAUGUAUUAAUCAUCUAUAAUGAUGAUGAUGACAUUCAAAA